AUGUCUGAGAAUUUGGAAAGGCUCCUGACGGAGAGCAGAGAAAAAUCUGAGGAUGCAGCUAAUCUGAUGAUGAGUUUCAUAAAGAAAUUACUACUGAUAAUAUCUCGUCCAGCACGUUUGUUGGAGUGUUUAGAAUUUGAUCCAGAAGAAUUUUACCAUUUCCUAGAGGCUGCUGAGGGGCAAGUCAAAGGAGUCCAAGGCAUCAAAGCAGAUAUUCCUCAGUAUAUUAUUCAAAAACUCGGCCUGAACAGAGACCCUAUCGCUGAACUGCAGCAAGAACUGAAAGAGUGUGCAUGGUCAAAUGAAAAUGCAAAAUCAGUAUCCGUCAAUACGGCACCUACCGUACGAAAGUCUUUAACGAAUCCUAGUGAAAACGACUUUGAAGUAGUUAAACUUAUUUCCAAUGGUGCUUAUGGAGUUGUAAAUUUAGUCAAACACAAGCACACAAAACUAAGAUUUGCCAUGAAAAAAAUCAACAAAAACAACUUGAUGUUACGAAACCAAGUGGAACAGGUAUUUGCUGAAAGGGAUAUACUAAGUUUUGCAGACAACCCGUUUGUUGUCAGCAUGUAUUGCAGCUUCGAGACAAAAAAGCACUUGUGUCUAGUGAUGGAAUAUGUAGAAGGUGGCGACUGCGCCAGUCUGUUGAAAAAUAUUGGCCCCCUGCCUGCUGAUAUGGCUCGAUUUUAUUUUGCAGAAACAGUCUUAGCCGUCGAGUACUUACAUUCUUAUGGUAUUGUACAUAGAGACCUGAAACCAGAUAAUCUGUUGAUCACUGCCUUGGGACAUAUUAAACUGACAGAUUUUGGGUUGAGCAAAGUUGGGCUCAUGUCAUAUGAGAUUGAAUGGCCUGUAAAUGAGGAUUGGCCUGUUCAGGAAGAAGCCAAAGAUCUCAUUACAUCUCUUUUGCAACAUUCUCCGAGAGAUAGAUUAGGAACUGGGGGUGCUCAUGAAAUCAAAGAACAUGUUUACUUUUAUGGCAUAGACUGGAACUCUUUACUUAGAAAAAAGGCUGAAUUCAUACCUCAACUCGAACAUGAUGAAGACACUAGUUAUUUUGAUAGUCGAAUUGAUAGAUACUCACAUGAACUGGAAGAUGAUACAGAUGACACGGAUGAUUCUCCAGUAUUUGGUUUGUUUUCGUCCUGCUCUCCUCAGUAUAAGAAGGUGUCAGAACUUAGUUCCCUAAGUACAGAUACUGAUCUUGACAGUAGCGCUUUAUCUCUCAAAACUAAUACAUCAGAUUCUUCUGUUCCUGAUGUGAUCAACACUGUAGAUUCAAAACCAAAAUUGAAGUUGUCUGACAACUUACGUCCUAGGACGACAGAGAAGAAGAAAACCGCCGAAAAUAAAUUGGUGUCUUUAGAUCUGUCCUGUACAAAAAGUACUCCAGAAUCAUCACAAACGGACAGUGAUGAUGUAUCCCCUCAAGUGAAUAGAAGGAAGAAACCGGGACAUGGUCGUGAUUUCUUGCCUAAGUUUUCAAUAUCUGUGGAGGAUGAACAUUGUGCCGGAUCUUCUUUGACUGAAACCCGGGAAUUUCCUCUUUUGAGACAAUUCAAAACAUCGAAUUUAGUCAAUCAUUCUUCCAGGUCUGUUGUAAGAAGUGCCUCCACAUCUGGUUUAUCACUCAUGAUUCCAGCAGAUGAUUUGGCAGGGUCAACACAUCUGAUUCAUUCUCCUAGUGCUGGAGGAGGAUCUAGCACUGCUAGCUCAAGAGAUACCUCACCAUGUCGUGAGCUGUCUCCUUUGGGAACAAGUCUAAAGCCGCCCAUUAUAAUUCGCCGAGGUCCCAAAGGAUUCGGAUUCACUGUUCAUACCAUUCGAGUUUACUAUGGGGAUACUGACGUAUACACCAUGCAUCACCUGGUUAUGGCGGUAGAUGAAGGCAGUCCAGCAUUUGAAGCAGGUCUAAGACCAGCAGAUCUGAUAACACAUAUCAAUGGGGAAACUGUUCAAGGUCUUUACCACACUCAAGUUUUGCAACUGCUCUUGAGUGGUGCAGAACAUGUUAGUCUGAGAGCAACACCUUUGGAACAAACCUCAAUCAAAACUGGAGGACGCAAGAGAGAACCCAGCCAAAGUAAACUGGCAAGACGUAGUUUGAACCGGCAGAAGAAACAAAAGCGAGAAAGUGACAAAAGAAGAAAAACUUCUUUAUUCAAAAGAAUCAGCAGCAAGAGAGCUAGUGCGGAGAUGCAACAGGCAUUACACGCAUCCGGACCUACUUGUUCUCCUGCAGUUCCAAAUAGGAGGAAGUCUGUGGGGCAUAUUCCUCUGUCUCCUCUGGCUCGCACUCCAUCCCCGUCACCAUUACCCGCAUCUCCAACAAGAUCCCCGAGCCCACUAGCAUUUCCUAUCGGACACCAGCCAGGAAGUUCUAAUACCACCCAGACGUAUAGUCCUAGCGCUGGAUCGGCUCCCAUAGCUAUUAUCGCUCAGCCUAAGAAAGGAUUUGCUCGACCUAAGGCUGGAGAACCUGGCUCACCGCUUCUCAGACGAGCUCUGUCACCUGACAGACUGCAUCCUCGCAGUGCAGAGAAUAAAUGCUCCAUUUCACCACUUUGUUCAUCAUCAGGUACCACUUGCGGACCGAAUAUGAAGUGUCAAGCGAGAGUUGGGGGAGCUUCGUCAGUUUGGCAUCCCAAUACUCAACAGGAGAGAGAGAAGGAUACCGAUUCUGAUAGCUCACAGUCUAGCGAUUUGGGACCUGGUGAAUUACUACCAAGAAUUGCAGAGGAGAAAGAUUCGCCUACAAAUGGCCAUGAUGCCAAGCUGAAGAAAAUUGGGAGCAAUCAAGAUGAGCAGAAGAACAUUGAAGUCCAGGAUAGAAAGAACAUAUUAGGUUGUGUAGUAAAAGCUGCUACAGAAAAAAUCGAUGACAAACAACCUGCAAAAGAUAGCUCUGUAGGUAACAAUGGAAAGUUGAAAGCUAUGGAUGAUAAAACCAUUAAAAUGGAAAAUUGUAAGAAAAAAUUUAAGCAUGAUUCAACCUCGAAUAAGUCAGAAAACGAUCAGACCAGUCAAAUUGAUGGAGAACGUAAUAAAGUUGAUAGAGAAGGCAAGACAUAUGAAGAUAUUGUCAAGGAGAAAAGUCAUAGACCUGCUGAUAAUGGCGAAGAAACACAUAAAACAGAUAAAAAUAAAAUAACAAAGGGAGUUGAAAGUAUAAAUACGUCCAAUAAUGAUGAGACACUAGGUAUAACUGAAGGAACAUUGAAAUCCAAUGAAAAUAAUGCAACGAAAGUAGAUGUAUGUAAGACUAAGAUUGAUAAAGACAAGAAGGUCGCUAGGUGUGAAGAAACAAAUAAAGUGAUCAAAGAAAAGUCUAAAGGAGAUGAGACUAAGGGUAAGCUAGAUAAAGACAAAAUAAACAAAUUUGAAGAAAUGAGUGCAGCUGAUAAAACUAAAAUAAGAGCGGAUGAUGAAGGAAAGAAACUGAAAAAAUCUGAAUUCCAUUCUUGA